AUGCAGGCAUCGUACAGACAACCCCACAGGCUUGGUCCUGUCAGAAGUGCGUGCCUUGUGCCCCGCCAAACCUCUGCUCCAGUAUCUGAUCAGCAGUAUCUGAUCAGCCUCGGAACCGGCGUCGAGGCCGCAAGUCGCGGACACGGGGCCACCAAGACGUCCCUUCUCUUCGACAGGUGCAUCCGCCUCGACGUCGUCAUAGACCACGUAGCCCCGCUGGACGACGCGGGGUCGGUGCCGCGGCUAAAACGCUCCGUCUAUCAGGACCGCCCUCUUCAGGACGCCAUCUGCGCACUGGCGAAACGCAUCGUCCGCGGCCUGUUCUACUUUAAGCUGGACGCCGUUCCGAGCCGGCGUGGUCCGCAGUUCCGAGGGUCGGGCUCCAUCCGCUGCCUUUGUCCAUGUGCUGACGAGGCUCUGUCCGCUCUAGUGCAGAAGCUUCUCCAGUCGUCGGCCGCGUUCAGGGUGAAAGGCUCCAGGGUAUUGGGUAAGCUGUCGGACAAGUCCUUCUGGAGCUCCUGCGGCAACUUUGAGAAGAAGAUCAAGUUUGCGAGUGGUCAUCCCACCAUCUCCAUCACCCUGCAGCAGCAGGGGUCUCCGGAGCACCCGAUCAGCGGUUCUCCGUUUCGUCUGUCGGAGGUGGUGGAAGCGCAGCAGCUGAAGGCACACUUUGGCCGGUCGGACCAUCGAGAAGGCUGA